GAGAGAGAGAGAGAGAGGCAGCGUCAGUGGGUGGAGAGGACUCACACCAUGGCGUAGCUUAUCCUAAAAUCCCAUUUCCAAUUAUCUUUUUCUUCGUUUCCCCGAAAUAACUUUGCAAACAAAACGUAAAAAACCAUGGCACUCCUCUCUUUCAAUUCCUUCACACUCUCCCCUCUCCACACUUCAUUCCCCUCUUCUUCCUCCCUUCUCGCACUUCCCAUUCCCACUGCUUUGAGAGUACACGUGGCUCAGCCCUCGAAGCCCUUGAACGGAGUUCGAAUCACGACACCCAGAGGGAAGAAAGGCGCGCUGAUUGUCUCUGCCGCCGCAGACGGCUCUAGUUUGCCGGCGGAAGCGCUUCCUCCGGCGGAGAGCGAGAAAGAAAGUGGCGUGAGUGUGGAGAAGCUUCCUUUGGAGUCAAAGGUAAAGGAGAGAGAGGAGCAGAAGCUGAGGAUGAAGCUGGCGAAGAAGAUAAGGUUGCGAAGGAAAAGGCUUCUUCGGAAGCGCAAGUUGAGGAAGAAGGGUAGAUGGCCACCUUCUAAGAUGAAGAAAUUGAAGAAUGUAUGAUAAUCUAUGAAAACUAUUACUUUAAUUUCAAUUUGCUUUAUGCAGGUUUAAGCUUGUUCUCAUUUUAUUUUCACUGUAAUUGUUUUGCCAUCCACCGUGUAUUUUGACAAAUUUAUUAAUUUCAAUGAAUCGUGUUUUGUCUGUUUA